CGACCAGCGUCUGCUGUGGUGCGUUGCAGUGCCGUCUGCGCGUGCGUGUGCGAUGUAAACAAAGACUGCGCAAGUUUUUCGCGAGUGUUUUUUGCUACCGUUUCUAAAGUCGUUCUAUUGUAUUCGUGUCUGAGUUAGUUUACUUUAUUAUAUCCGGUUAAUUGAUUAAUUUGCAGACUGAAGAGAAUUUACAGAAGAUACUGAACCGGCGUGGAAUGUUUUAAACUAGGCGCGCAGUAUGCUGACAGCCUAGCCGAGAUCCAGGGCUGCGACAUGGAGACGGUGCAGGUGCACAUGCCGGUGCGCGUCACGGUGGAGGCGGUGGACGACGUGGACGUGGACGUGGGCGUGGGCGCGCCGUGGGAGGGGCCGCGCCCUCGCGCGGGGUUGGGUCUGGAUGGCGAUCCGGCGGCGUCGAGCAGCUCGCACAGCCUGCCGCUGGUGCUGGAGUCGGGUGCCGACUCCGCCCCCGAGCUGGGGCCGCCCUCCGCCGACAAGCGCGGCCGCCGCAAGUCGUGGCACAUUAAGAUGGAGCGCAAGCGCCGCAAGGGAGUCAUCGGUAACGUCGCCGCCGCCGACCGCCAGAAGAGGCCCUCCUGGUGGAACAUCUUCGUGCCCGACCACUGGCCCAGGUCGCGCCGCGCGUCGCAGGACCUGAGCCGGCCCACGGAGAGCGGCGCCACCUACCUGCGGAGCAAGAGCCGCAGCGUGGACCAUGGCUUCGUGGCGCCUUUCGACUUGGACUCGCUGCGCUCCAAAGUGGAGGGACGCUUUGAGUCCGUUGACAAGCUCUCCAGAUCCGAUUCUGAUGGCGGAGGUCCGGGAAAGGACGGCGCCCCUCUCGGGGAGCGCCGACCCGCUUCUGCCCCGCCCCCAAUCGAGACGACGACGUACACGGUGGCAGCCAACGACACCCUUACGUCCGUGGCGGCGCGGUUCGACACGACGCCGUCGGAGCUGGCAAAGUUGAACCGGCUGGGCGCGCGCCUCAUCUUCCCCGGACAGGUGCUGCGCGUACCCUUGCGCGGGCCUGCCGCGGACUCCGCUGAGGGAGCGGACAGACAGCAGCCGCAGCUGCAGCCGCCGGCGCCUGCGCACCCGGAAGGCCAGCUGACGCCAGCCGCCGCCGCCGACGCCGCGCGGCCCUCUGCAGAGACAGAUAUUCUGGAGAGCUUGCGGCCUGUAUCACCCAAACCAACUGGUCCAUCUGUGACCAGUGAAGCAACGCACCCCUCUCACCCUGAUACUACAGGUAGCAGUGGUGCAUCGCUGGAGGAGCAGCGAGCUGAAAGACGUUUCCUCAAGAUCAAUGUGCGGCACAUAACUGACGGACAGGGUGUUGUUGGUGGUGUGCUGCUCGUGACGCCUAAUGCAGUAAUGUUUGACCCAAAUGUAUCUGACCCCCUAGUUAUUGAGCAUGGUCCAGAGAUGUAUGGUGUAAUUGCUCCCAUGGAAUAUGUGGUAAAUGCAGCUAUCUACUAUGACAUUGCCCACAUGAGAGUGGGCCACCAUACUGGUGACAACAAAAGGGCAGACACACCCAAGCCGGAAAUAUACCAUUCAAAGGCCUUUCAGACGUAUGAGAAAGGACAGAACUCACCAGGCAAGGAUUCUCUUCUAGUGAAGGAUGAGACUUUUCCAGAGCUUGCUGGCCCAGCCCGAUCUUCCCCAGAGGACAAUGAGAGCGAGUGUUCAUGCCCUGGACGUGAAGAUGGUGAUGCCUUCCCCAAGGCCUUUGAACGGGAUCUCGUGACACCUACUAACCUGGCAACCACAGUAGAAAAUGGGACUGAUGCGGACAGCAGACAGACAAAGGACGGUGUAGAAGAGACAACUGAAGCAGAUGAUGAUGACUAUGAUGAUGAUGAUAUCAUAAAGGCACUGAGAUCUGCAGAAGAGCGACGUCGCUCUUGCAUUGAUCAUCACUGGGCUGUACCUAGCAGCGAACGAGAUCGCUCCUUGGAAAAAGAUGAACUUGAAGCAGAUGGAGAAAGAAAUGACACAGCAGUAAGUGCUCCAUGUGAUGGCCUGCUAGAGAAACACAGCUGCCAUGAUUCUGGCAUAGAUAUCCGAGAAGUAGGAGCACUUGGAGAUCAGGCACAACCACCUGGAACUCAUUCAGUCCAGGAACAGCAGGAAGAUGAGGAGGAAGAAAUACCUAUUGUAUUACCUAGUAAGAAGGUGUUUUCCGAUGCAGACAUAAUUCUUGCACCAAAGACUGAAUGGGUACCUCCUCGAACUGUGUCAGGUCCAACUCAUGUUCACACGUCCCAAGACUCUCCUCCUGUUAAUGAAUCUGGUAGGAAGAAAACUUCAUCAGUGUCCUUCAGUCUUGAUUCAAAUCAAGAGGGGGAUUCAGGCAGUGAUAAAGGUGAAGAAGGUAGUCAAAAAAGUGAAGAUCCAGAGAAACAAGAGAGCAGAAAGAAUAAGAUGCUGAAAAGGCUGUCAUACCCACUUUCGUGGAUGGAAGGAAUAACUGGUGAAAAAGAUGAUAAAGAUCCUCUGGUGGGACUACCAACGCCUUCCGCUGUAGAUGCGCAGCAGCACUCAUCAAUGUUUUCCAAAGUGUUUUCAAGCUCCCCCAUCAACCUGGUGGAUUUUGGGCUGUUCAAGACCCCCAGCGAGGAGAGUAGCAAAUCCCCUGGUCCUGGCCCUCCCCCUCCAACCCCAGCCCUGCCAGACACCGUGGGGCGAUCAUCAGUUGGGACUUUCAUCCGCCAGCAACAAGAACCUCGAUCAGCACCACCGCAGAAGCCUGUUGCUCCAAAGCUGGACUAUCGUAGUAUGGUGUCUGUUGAGGACAUGCCUGAACUAUUUGUUUCAUUUGAUAUCCAUGCACCUAACUAUCCUCUGCUCGAUGGUUUGGAAUUGAUACCAAGACCAGCAAGAUCCUGUGAAGACCCACCACUUUACUUAACACUGAGAAUGGGGAAACCAUUAAAUAAAAAGAUUCCAAAGUCAACCCCCAUUAUGUCAUAUGGGAAAAAGAAAAUGAGGCCAGAAUACUGGUUCAGUGUACCCAGGAACAGGGUUGAUGAACUGUACAGUUUUCUGAUGCUGUGGAUCCCCCAUCUUUACGGUGACCUGGAAGAAAUAGACUUCAAAUCACGUGGUUAUGAGUUAGUGGAAUCAGAUACAGAACUCUGGGAUGAUGAAGUUGGAGAUGGAAAUGGUCGAACAGGGGAAAGUCGGUCUCGAUCAGGCAGUGAUGGUGAUGCAGAAUUGGGGGAACUGACACGUGAAUCGUGGGAGGAGGCGUUCUCACGGCUGCCGUAUAACGGAAUCAGUCGGCUGCAGAAGAUUAUCAUCGAAUCAGUCCAGGGGACCUUCACGCGGCUGCCGUAUAACGGAAUCAGUCAGCUGCAGAAGAUAAUCAUCGAAUCAGUUCAGGUGCUUUCUAUGAGCGAGGAAUUACGCCGUGCACUGUAUGCCAAUAAUUCCACCAGUAUUGACUUGGAAUUUACAUUGCCAGAACUUUCGGGUACAACAGAGAUUUUGUCAGAAGAGCACAGACGCAAACUUUGCAGGCACUUGCCUGCCCGAGCUGAAGGGUAUGUGUGGACACUUGUGUUCAGUACCUCACAACAUGGUUUCAGUUUGAACUCAAUGUAUCGGAAGAUGAACAGGUUGGAGAGCCCAAUCCUCUUAGUUAUAGAAGACACAGAGAAUAAUGUAUUUGGUGCCUUGACAUCAUGUGCCCUGAAAGUGAGUGACCACUUCUAUGGAACAGGAGAAUCACUUCUCUUCAGAUUUACACCAGAGUUCCAAGUGUUCAAUUGGACGGGAGACAAUCUGUAUUUCAUAAAAGGCAACAAUGAAAGCCUUUCAAUUGGAGCUGGCGAUGGAAAAUUCGGUUUAUGGUUAGAUGGUGACCUCUAUCAGGGGCGGACAGAGCCUUGCAGUACUUACGGAAAUGAGCCUUUGACGCCACAGAAAGACUUCGUUGUGAAGACCUUGGAAUGCUGGGCUUUCAUCUGAACAGUGCUGCUGAAAGUGCUCAGAUUCUAGGAAUGCAAACAGAAUGACAUUUGAAAAUACUGAAUGCAUGUUUCUGCCAGCUUUAUUUUGUAAGAAGUGUAAUUGAAAAAAACUGCUAACGUGCAGUUUUAUUAAAAGUUUAUCCUUGAUAAUGGACUGCAUGAUCUGGAAAAAUGUGUGGAGUCACCAGGCUCCAAUAACAGCUUUGUUUGAUAGACAAUAUGUUGUUUUGUAUUUUUGUGUGGAAUAUUUAAAUACUAGGAUGCUUUUAUGUAUCAUGUAGAAGGGUGAUAUUUCUUCCAAGAAGAAUAAUGGAAAUUAGUACAAGGAUAAUGCAUAGAAUUUGUACAGUGUACAUAAAUUGUAACUCUGUAGUCUGGUAAGUGUACAGUUGCUGUAUAAGAGAUUAGUCAGGUAAUUUCUGUCCGUGAAAUAGGAAAUGAAUUUGUAACAGAUCACUCAGAAUUAUUGAAUAACAGCUGGUGAGAUAUGCAGUGCAUGGUUAUACUUAAGAGCAGACUGUUUUGGUCAGUUAGGCUGUUGAACAGUGAGUAAUGAAAGUUGUCAAGCUAAGGUGAAAUGAAAGUGAAUUAACCAUUGUUCUGGAAGAUGAUUUUUUAGACUGCAGAUGAUUACACGAGUUACUUUUAGAUCAAUCUGUUAAGUGCAAGCAGCAUGUUUCUCAAUUAAUUGGUACUUGCAGAAGGUGAACAUUCUGUGUUUGAAAGAGGCUAAUCUAUAGAAGAGUGAAGACUAUUUCUUGAUUUCAAUGAGGAGUAACAUUUCAAGCACACUUCAAAUUGUGUGUCUUGCUAAUUGUAUGAAAUCACUAAAAUCAGACAUUAGAAACAACGAAAUUUAGUGUAUCACAUAUCACAGUAAAAGUUCGAAAUUACCAGAUUUGUAUGAACUUAAAUUGUGCUGCUCUGAAUAUUUUAUUUAAUAAAGACUGGUGCAAAGUUACCAUUCAUAUACCAACUGACUGAUAACUUGGAAGCUUUUGAUGAGAUGGACAGUACAGUUACCAGUAAUUUUUUCUGAGAUCUGACACUGUUCUCUCAGUGUUUCGCAUUUGGUAAAACUUUGUGUUCAUGGAAAUAUCUGUAUUGAUUUAAAAAAGAAAAAGCCUAUUCAAACAACUUCGUUAAAGCAGUGGGACUGUUAAACCACAAAUUGUCUAAAACAAUUUUAAAUUAUCGACAGAUACAAAAUAGAAGUUUACAAAUGCCAUAUAUACACAAAAAGGCAUUAUGUUCUAUUAGCAAAAUAAAAAUUCAGUAUGUAGAAAUGGUCACAAAAAUGACAAGUAUAAUGAUGAAAAUGUGAAAUAUCAUAGUUUAGAUCAAUAUAUUUGUAUGACACUAUCCUUCAAUAUAUUUUUUCUGUAUUUUGCUGGAAAAUGUAAUCUUAAAUUGCAGUAAAUAUUAUAAACUAGAAAUGUUAAGAACUGCUCACUUCAGAAGAAAUGUGGAAAAUACAAAGCAUUCUGCGGGCAGCCUUGAUAUUCGAUUAGUAUUUAAAAUGGACUUAAUGCUUUGGGCUUGCCAAACCAUUAAUGCAUACAACGGAUACUGUAUAAAAUUGUUAGUGUUGCCUUAAUUGUGUGCAAAUGCAAAUAUGUUGAAUAUGCGGGAGAUGUGCUGUUUCCUGCUUAAUUGUUGCUGUGUGUGAAUGAAUGUGGUAUUUUAUUUUUUUACACUGAUGUAGUGCUGUUUUCUGUACUUGUUUUCUGCCAUUAUAUUCAUAAUAAUGUACAGUGAAAAUAAUUAAAUUUAUUCUUGCAGUGGCCAUAAA